AUGUCAAGUACGCGCCUCACUGCGAUUCAAACCUCUGCCGCGGCUCUGUUGUGGGAUCACCAAGACUCAGUUCCUUUGGGAAAGAUCUUGAGUGACGGGGAUUUGGUACUUCUUCUGACGCCGGCAAUCAUCCCUUUCAGCCCGACAUCAGCUGAAACUAGCGACCCCUUCGAGCCCCUCGGCCAGGCUCUGGCUCGAGUGCAUCCCUGGAUUCGUCACGUUCCAUACAUCAAAGAUCGUGGCAUUACUGGCGUCCAUGUGGCAUUCAUCAAAAGGGCUAGAACGGUCAUCUUCCUGCUGACCGGGUUUUCAUCGACAGAAGGAGCUUACCAACUAGAGCUUGCUGACGUUGUCCGAGAAGUAUGCGAAGACCGCCCAAUGAUUAUGGUGGCAUGCUGCAAACUCCCGGAUCACGAAGUCCAAGAAUAUGGGUUUCAAACCAUGUUACAGUCUCCCGGAUAUUCGCCAACAGACCUGGAGACCAUCGCAGCCCUUCUGAUGACAGAACAACAAGGCUCAACCGGCUCCACGACGACUCCGACCAGCACCCUACCUCCCCGGCAGGCAUGGCCUAUCCAGCCUUGGGACUAUGAGCGGGACCUUGUCGAGAUUCACAUGUUGUGGCAGGCGUGUCUCCCAGCCCAAUUUCACCUGAGUCGGUCUGCACUUGGACCACUACUAAAGCGUGAUGGAUAUGCAAUGCAUCAUGUUGUGCGAAAUCCAUCUGACGGCAAAAUCGUCGGAUUCUGCGCCACAUUUACCACCUUUGCCGACAGCAGCGGGGAUCGCCUCAUCGGGUCGAUCGCAGUCAUAAUCGUACGAGAAAGUUUUCGGGAUCGGGGGAUCGGGAGAACUCUCCAUGAUGAAAGCUACAGCAAGCUGAGCAAGAUUCGUGGUGUGGGUCGAAUUCAGGUUGGAAGCACAUUUCCGCGACUGUUGUACGGACUCCCCGCUCCCGUCAGCAACCCAAAAUGGUUUGAGAAUCGGGGGUGGAAGCUUGGUGAGCCGAGCGCGGGGAGAGGACGGCCUGUUUCUGACUGGUUUUUGCGAUUCGCCGACUCUCCGAUACCAACUCUGGCUUCUGCGGGGAUGACCUUCAGGGCGUGUCAAAUCACUGAUGCACAGCAGGUCAUUGACAUGGCAAGUAGGGAGUCUGAGAGAAAACUCUGCUUUGGAUGGUAUGAUCAGUAUGCCAGGACGGUGGACAGUUGUCACAUGGGCGAUAUCAUUAUCGGCUUCGAAGGAGAAAACCUGGUAGCCGCGGCGAUAACGUAUAUUCCGGACAAUGGGAGCCCAUGUGCGACGGAUAUUCCCUGGCCGGUAGCAAUUGGGCAAAGGAUUGGGGGAGUAUCUUGCAUUUGCAUCAAAGACGAUGACCCGGACAUGGCAAACCGUCGGGAUUCUGUAACAACAAGGCUGCUUCAGUCAUGCCGUCAAUUGCUGAACGAGAAAGGGAUGGUUGGGAUGUUUGUCGAUGGAAUCAGGUCAGACGAGAAUACCUUCGUGUCUCUCGGAUUCCGCAAAUGGGCAGAUUACAGAGAUGUCUGGCGUAAGGUGUGA